AGUUGUCAAGCGAAAUACAUGGCAUUAGUUUUUAUCAAAACAAAGAAUUUCGAUUUUCAUUUGGAAAAAAGUUGCGAAUAUUCUCGAAUUUAAUGCGGAAAACUGAUGUGAACUGUUGUCGAAUGCAGAAAUAGCCAUCGAAUUGUGUACGCACCAAUUUGAUUCCAAGUGAAAGAAGCUCAGUGUUUUGUGCAAUCACUUUUCAUACGAAAUUUUUUGUUGAGAUUACGAUGAGAACAUGAUUAAUCGACCACGAUGUCGGGAUUGGAGUCCAUUGGCCACACAACAGCUGCGUUUGCGGAAUCUAAUUCAAAUCACAGGACAUAAUAUCGAUGCAGAUCCGAAUACAUCGAUUUAUUUUACAUUGCAUUUGACAUUGAUGUCUGCCCCAUUUUUCACGAGUGAACCAUUGCAAACAUUUCGAAAUGUGAUUUGGUCGGAAAUCAAUUGUCAAAACAUUCAAAAAUCAACGUCACAAUUUGUUGUUGUUCGAGUAUGGCAAACAAAACGCGUCCAAACCACGGAAGAUGUAAGACAUCCACGGCGAUCGUCAUUGAGCAAUACAAUCUCCAUACACCGAGACUUGCGUCAAAGUAGCGUUGAGCCAAAUGUUGACCGUGAUUCAAGCGAUGGCACCAACAAUAAGGACAAAGUGUUGUUUGUGUGGGGCGUAUACUUUUCCGGUUUGGUGCCGAUAACAAAGCGUUCAGAGGUUAAAUUAAUGAAUAAUGCGCUAGUUUUUUAUAUUCACGGUGGUUUUUUUACAUCGGUCGAUUAUUUAUUGUCUGAAAGUGUUCCCAUGCAAUACAAACACUUCUUCGAAACUGCAUCGCAAAAAGAAUUUAAAAAAGGCUUAUUAUCAUCGAAAAAUUCUACUAACAAUUUAAUUGCUACCAAAGGUACGACUAUUAACACCACAAAAAACUGUGAUAGCCUGCAUUCAAGUCGAAAUUAUCUAAAUGAAUUGGAUGUUGGCGAGCGUAAACCAAUUUCAAUGGCAAAUUCGCCAAAACGAAUAUCGGAGCCGAUUUAUGCCAGCGGACGAUUAUCUCCAUCAUGUGAUGCUAUCACAAAUUUACCACACAAACCAGAAAAUUCGAAUGAUGCGCACGAUCAAAAUGCCGACGAAGAAUACACAAUAACCGAUCCGAAUGUAUUGAAAGUUCGAUUUUUGGAUAAGGAAUUUUUCAAAUGGGAAAUUCGUCGUAGUUAUAAUGUGCAAAAGCUACUUUUGCUACAGGAAAAACAACGCGUAUUCCGAAAGAAAACCCAGAGUGCCAAUGAGGUGAUGGAAAAAAUAUGCAUGAAAAGUGCAUCAUGUUUGAAUUUGGAAUUAAUUGCAAACAAAGCGAUGUUCUAUCGUCCAAAAUUAGUGAAUCCAUCCUAUGGCCGAACAUUAAGUCGACUGUUGACAACGCAACCAGAACAACCAAAACCCGAAGAUUUGCUGCGAGCACAAGAACUGCGACGCAAAAUCGAAACGGCCAAAUUUCGAUGCCGAUUUUUGACCAUGGAACGCGAUCGAUACAAGGUUACGUUGCGAAAAUUGCAUGACAAAUGCGCCCAAUUAAAUGACGAAAAUAUCGAUAAAGAAUCUUGGCUCAUGGAUGACUAUCGUGAAUUGAGCCGCGACCGAGAUAUGGCCAUUGAAAAGCGUGCGCUUCAUUCAAGCCGACAGAAAUCGUAUGAAAAAACUAAAGAGUCGCUCAUACAGCGACAACAUCAACUGCUUGGCCAAUUGCGAGACAUUUAUGUGAUUAAAGAACGCGAUCGAAGCGGAAUCUAUGAGAUUAACGGCAUUUGCCUACCAAAUACGGACAUUUUACGCAAAUAUUAUAGCUCACAUCCAUCCGGUACGAAUAAUCCGGCACUUAGUCUUUCCGUUGCUAUGUGCUACGUUGCCCAUGUCGUUCUACUAUGCUCUUCAAUUCUUAAUGUGACAUUAAGAAAUAAAAUCAUUUAUCAAGGAUCAGCAUCGAAAAUUCGCGAUGACAUCAAAAUGCUUUCCGAACAUGAUCGAGAAUUUCCCUUGUAUUGCCGUAACAUUCCUCCCAGUGAUUCAUUGCUGUAUGCAGCAUUUUUACUUAAUCAAAAUAUAUCACAAAUGAAAUUCAUUUUAAAUCUACACUCGUCGCGUGAGGAUUUGCGUGCAACACUUCCAAAUCUACUGGCAAUACUAACGGUUGGCGAAGAAAUCACCGAAAAAUAUUUUGCGAUUCAGGAGUCGGCCAGUGUAUCUUUUUUAGCGGCCGAUGCAGAUGUACCGAUGUCAUCCAUUUCGGAAACGUCCAUUGAUAUGAUGCUACCAGUGCCAGCCAACAAAGCAUUUUCGAUCAGCGAAGAGAAUAUCAAUUUGGCCGACCAAUCCAGACAAAGCAUUGGUUCCUGUCGUACACGCGGAAGUUUUUCGGAUGAUCAAUUAGCAAAAUGUCGUGAUGACAAUUCAGAUCGAAAAUCGAAUGUCAGUGCAAGCAGCCCGCAUAAGACUUUUAGCUCGGAACCAAUUUUACCAACUGGACACAUUUCGUAAACACACCAAUCACCAACACCAAAUGAUACGCGAUUCUUUAGUUAAAUGUCUCUCUUCAAAAUGUUCUAAAUGUUCUCCUCCAUUUGGUAUUAUUCUUAUUUCGUUGACUUUGACUUGUAUUGAGUUGAUUGUUAAUUGUGUAUUUAAAUAAAUUUAAAAUGUAUAUGCGUUUCAA